AUGUCUGCUUCUGACGCUGUCUUCAAUCAAAUCGAUGCUAACCAAGAUGGACGUGUAGAUCUCGGUGAAUUCCGAAACUUUGUUGGUCAAAACCUUGGUACUGCUGCUACAUCAUGGGACGCAUCAACAUUAGGUGCUGGUUGGGGUACCGGUGCUGGUUGGGGUACUGGUGCUGGUUGGAGUACUGGUUGGGGUGCUGGUGCUUCAGGUUAUGACUUAGGAGUAGCUGGUGCUCUCGGUGGUGCUUAUGAUGCAUCAUACACUGUUGGUGGUGGUCUUGUUGGUGGCGGUCUUGUUGGUGCUGGUCUUGCCGGUGGUUACCAAACAGUCUCAACUGGUGUUUCUGAUGCUUCUCUUGUUCUUGGUGGAUCAGUUGUGGAUUCAGCUGUAUUGGGAGCCAGCCAAGUUCAAUAUGCUGCUGACGCUCAAGGUCUCUACCAAGAUCCUAACCCACAAAUCAUUCGUCGCCCAAAUCCAACUGGUGUUCAAACAUACACACAAAACAUCCGAGUUCAAUUUCUUCAACCACCACCUGUUCCACCCCCAGGCCCACUCAUCAUCAAAGAAGUGCGACCACCUCAACCACCUCUUCCACCACCACUUCGCCUUCGUCAAGUAGCUCCCCCUCUUCCAACACCACCCCCACUUGUUCUCCGUGAACGACCACCAGUACCACCACCAGUGAUUGCAUCUCAAACAGUCAUUCGUCGUUUACCUGGUAUCCCAGUUCCACCACGAUCGGUCAUCAUUGAACGGCUCCCAGCUCCUCCACCACGACCACGUGACAUCGUCAUCGAACGUUGGGUUCCAUAUGGACCUCAAGCUAAACGCCGUACUCUUGUCCAACGUGCUGCAGCUCCACUCCCAUACCCAGCUCCACGCAAUGUUAUCAUUCAAUACGAACAAGCUCCAGCUCGCAUUGUUCGUAACUUCCAACGCCUUGGUGUUGUUUCAGGUAGUCCAGCUGCCUAUGUUCAAACAUAUGGUGCUAGCCUUCUUGAUGGUGCUUCACUUGUUGCCCGAGCUCGUUCUGCUGGUGUUGUUGAAGAUAUCUCAGCACAUGGUUUUGUUGGUUAUGCUGGUCUUGGUGCCUAUGGUCAAGGAUGGAGUGCCUCAUCAGGUUUAGUAGGUGGUGCUGGUCUUGUCGCUGGAGGUGAAGUUAUUGAUAGUGGUCUUGCUCUUGGUGGUGCUUAUGGUGCAUCAGGCUAUGCAUUAGGUGGAGUUGGUGGAUGGAACAGCAGUCUCGUUGCUGGUGGUCUUGGUGCUGGCUAUGGUGUUGGUUAUGGUGGAUUAUUGGGACAAUCUGCUGUUGUUAGUGGAGCUGAUGCUGCUUUCCUUAAUGCUGAUACUGAUUAUAAUGGCAGUCUUGAUCGCGAUGAAUUUCGCAAUCUCCUUGCUCAAAAUCUUUAA